AUGGGUCUCCUUACCCCCUUUGUGCCCUAUCACUCGUCUGCUGGGUCGAGUACUAUUCGAAAAUUUGGUGGUCUCCUUACAGUCGAAUGGUUGGAGCCGCCUCCGGGUCGAAGCUUUAUGAUGCGUCAGACUUACAGACUGGACGUGGAAGGACCUAUCCCUUCCACACUGCGGAAGCUCAUUGACAGUCCCCAGCGGCCCGAUGGCCCGGCAAUGCACUUCCAUCGGUACCAGAACGAGUUUUUCCACGUCGAGCAUGGCAUUUGUGUGGCGGAAGUGGAUGGCGUAUGCCGCAAUCUUACCCCCGAAGACGGAGAGGUAUCUCUCCAAGCGAACCAUAUCCAUCGUUUCAGCAUCCACCCUGAUUCAGGCGAAUACAUGACGGUGUUACUGAGUGGUUCAGACGCGGGGAUCGACAACCAACUUGAUAGAGUUUUCUUUGAGAACUGGUAUGGAUACUGGCAUGAUGCACUGCUCUAUGAAGGAGGUCUUGAUUUCAUUCAAAAAUUACAAAUGCUUGAUGCAGGUGGACAUUAUACCCCAGCGCCGGCAUGGAUGCCGUUUCGACUUUUCUUCGGAUACUGGACUAGUGUGGUUAUUGGCCGGUGGCUUGGGGGUCUGCUAGGUUACAAGCCAUUCUUCAAAGAAUACACGACGGAUUGGGAGUUUGCUGUGACAAAAAUGAAAAGCUCGUUCUGGACUCGGCGAUUAGUGGACGACUUUUGGGGCGCCAAGGAGCGCUGGGAUAGAGAAGCAAACCUCUCUACUGGACCUAAACCGACCAAUGCGGAGCUCCAGUAUCUCCUCGAGGAUGUCACAGCAGCCACGCGAGCUGCCAAGGCUAAGGCUGCGGAGAAGGGCUUGACCAACGGUACACAUGGUAGUGGAAGCAAUGGGUUCGUUGGAGCUGAUGAGAUAUCUAGAACAGAAGGGGAGAGUGUCAUUGGUAUCUCCUCUGGGUUGGAAUCCAAAACCCCUCAGGCUCGGAAGCGCUGA